GUAUCCUCACCACUUUACACUGAGGCUGAGACGAGAGCGUGCCAUGGAGGACACCUUCACACAGCUGUCCCUUGCAGAGCACAUGGACUUCAGGAAGCCUCUGCUGGUUUAUUUCAAUGAAAUGGACAUAGAAGACAACGUAAACCAGAAGGACUUCUUCCACCUGGUCUUCCAUGAGGUGGUGUCUGCAGAGUCUGGGAUGUUCAUGUUUAACGACUCUGCCACUCUAGCCUGGUUCUCCUCUACAGCCAUGCCCCCUCUUGAGCACUACUUCCUGUUCGGAGAGCUGUGCGGGCUGGCUCUGUACCACCUCCACGCCGUGUUCCUGCCCUUUCCUCUCGCUCUUUUUAAGAAGCUGCUGGGAGUGUCUCCCUCUCUGGAUGACCUGUGCCAACUUAGCCCCUGCACCGGACAGAGUCUGAGGUGCCUGCUGGAGGAGUACAGUGACGACAUGAUACAAACUCUGGACAUGGACUUCACGAUCCACUGGGACCAGAAGAAGGUGCCUCUGGAUCCACACAGCCCUGACCGCCCAGUGACCGCUCACAAGACAGUUAGAUUCUCCAGACGCCACUAA